AUGGCAAACGUGCUAGACGACAUCUCUCACCGCCGCUAUAACCCUCUCCGAGGCUCGCACAUUCUGGUGUCUCCCCACCGAACCAAGCGUCCCUGGCAAGGACAGCAGGAGAGCCCGUCAAAGACCACCCUGCCCCACCACGACCCCGAGUGCUACCUGUGCCCUGGUAACAAGCGCGCCCAGGGUGACGUCAACCCUAAAUAUGAGAGCACCUUUGUCUUUGUCAAUGACUACAGUGCUGUGAAGGAGGAGCAGGCUGCCUAUGAUGGGACAAACGGAGAUGAUCUCGAAUCGCGUUUCCUCAAGGCCGAGCCCGUCACCGGCAAGUGCUACGUCCUGACCUUCUCCUCCGCGCAUAACCUCACCCUCGCCGACCUGUCCCCAAUCGAGAUCGUCCCGGUGAUCAACGCAUGGACCGAGAUCUAUGCUGCCCACUUGUCACCCAAGUCCCCACUGGCUCAGAACGCGCCCCCAACCCACAUCCAGCCCGCUACACCUCACACCAGCAUCACCAAACCCAAGGAGCAAUACCGGUACAUGCAGAUCUUCGAGAACAAGGGUGCCGCCAUGGGCUGCUCAAACCCCCACCCCCACGGCCAGGUCUGGACCACCAGCACACUGCCAGAGGAGCCCGCAGCGGAGCUGGAGCAGCUCCGCCGGUACCGCAAGGAUCACGGCGGUAGCCACAUGCUGGAGGACUACGCGGCACUCGAGAGCCGUAAGCAGGAGCGCGUGGUCUUCGAGAACGAGGGUUUCGUCGUCGUCUGCCCCUGGUGGGCAACUUGGCCGUUUGAGACUAUGAUUGUCAGCCGCACGCACAAGCGCGCUCUGGUCGAUCUCACUGAAGCCGAUAAGACUCUCCUAGCUGAGGCCAUUGCUGAGAUUACCCGCCGGUAUGAUAACCUGUUCGAGACUCACUUUCCCUACUCUAUGGGUAUCCACCAGGCUCCUCUAGACGGUACCGAUGAGGAGGUGGAGGCAUCGUAUCUACACUUACAUUUCUACCCGCCUCUUCUGCGAAGCGCGACUGUUCGCAAGUUCCUGGUCGGUUAUGAGUUGAUGGCUGAGCCUCAGCGUGAUAUUACUCCCGAGCAGGCUGCAGCUCGUCUCCGUGGUUGCGGUGGUGAGCUCUAUCGCAAGAAGUUGGAGUAA